AUGGCCACCUCCCUUUCGGAUGUGAAUCACAUAAUUCUUGUGUUGAGUGGCAAAGGCGGCGUCGGGAAAUCUACGGUGGCGUGUCAACUCGCCCUUGCUCUGGCUAAUGUACAUGGGAAGAAGGUUGGACUGCUGGAUGUUGACAUUUGUGGUCCUAGUGUUCCAACGAUAUGUGGUGUUACUGGAAAGGAUGUGUAUCGCGGGGACGCGGGAUGGGAGCCCGUUUCGCUGUUCCACGAACAGCACGAGGCAGACACUGCGGCGUCUGCGACGGGUAACGUCAAAAUAAUGUCCAUAGCAUUUUUGCUACCGAGCGAGAAUGACGCCGUUGUUUGGCGCGGUCCGAAGAAGGAUGCGAUGAUCCGUCAAUUCGUCACUGACGUGCACUGGGGCGCACUCGAUUACCUCAUUAUUGACACCCCACCAGGGACUAGCGAUGAACAUCUCACGUUGUGCGAGGUGUUGAAACCCUUCAAUACGGCAGGAGCUGUGAUCGUCACAACACCUCAGGAUGUGGCAACUGACGAUGUGAAGAAGGAGCUUUCUCUUUGUCACAAGUUGGAGCUGAGAUGCCUUGGGGUUGUGGAAAACAUGUCAGGGUUCGUGUGCCCCCAUUGCGCCCAUUGUACCGACAUUUUUUCCAAAGGCGGUGGGAAGAAACUUGCAGAGAUGUAUGAAGUGGAAUUCCUUGGCGCAAUACCAAUCGAUCCAACACUUUCCCUAGCGGAAGACAAGGGCCAGUGCUUUGUAACGACCGCGACAGAUGCUAACUCCCCCACGGUGCGCAAAACUGUCGCCGCGGUGACUGGUGUUAUCGAUGCCAUACUGAAGCAGGUGGAGAAAUCAGCGCAACUGCAACAACGUCAUUAA